AUAUAAUGAUUAUAAGGGACUGAUUGAUUGACGUCACUUGGCCACGCCGCUCACCUCCAGCAACUCUGCCACGUCACACUGAAAGCGCCUUCCCGACGGGAGCAACCCUGGAAAACACCCACGCUGCUUAUGCUGAUGAUGUAGUCCAGCCUCGCGGAAAGGGGGAAGAUAAACCGGUUGUCAUAGUACGUUAUCUCAGUUUGAGAAUUCAGCUGGACCGUCUAUUCGUGUGUGGUGUUUUACCGAGAUUGUGGAAUGCUGCUGGACGAGACUCCACUUUUUGAGCCCUCUCUGCUUCAGGAGCUUGACUGGAGCAGCAACACUGUCUCCUUCUCUCCUUACAUCUCUCCCUCCAGCCCAGGGGAAGGCCUGGUGCUCAGGCCGCUCCAUAUGGCAGAUUUCAACAGGGGAUUCUUCAAGGUUUUAUCUCAACUAACCCAGACAGGCGAUGUCACACCAGAGCAGUACAUAAAGAAGUUUGAGCAUAUGAAGAAGACAGGAGACUACUACGUCCUGGUGGUGGAAGACACAAAUCUGGGACAGAUUGUUGCUACAGCCACGUUGAUCACGGAGCACAAAUUCAUUCACUCCUGUGCUAAGAGAGGCCGGGUGGAGGAGGUAGUAGUGAGUGACGUGUGCAGAGGGAAGCAGCUGGGCAAACUGUUAGUUUCAACACUCACCCUUCUCAGCAAAAAACUGAAUUGCUAUAAAAUCACACUGGAAUGUGCACCCAAAAAUGUGGCUUUCUACCAAAAGUUUGGCUACACCGCUUCAGACGAAACAUACAUGCAGUGUCGGUUCUUCGACUGAGGACAAAAGCAGUUUUAAACUCCAGAUUUGGGGGCACGAACCACGCCUUUAUAGACCCAAUGACAUCAGAACUCGCAUUGACUAAGAACUGGAAGAGCUGGCCAAGGAUGAGUUUGUGGUUUGGAUUACAUCUGUGAAAGAGUUACACUCAUCCGGAUUUCAGAGCACUUUAGUAAACAUAAACAUAUGUUGAAGCCCUCCGCCCCUUUGGUAACCAAGGCUACCUCACCAAGGUGGAGCUCUGCCAUCCUCUUCCCCGACCAUUGGAAGAAACGAAUGUCAGUUACUGUAAAUGUAAUGUCUUACUUUGUUACAUUGUGAAUUAGUCAACUGCUGUGUUCUGACAGAGAAAAUACAAAUAUCUGCAACUACCAUGCAGCUGCAGCACAUAUAAUUGCUUGAGAAAUCGAGAUGAUACCAAAUUAAGUUAUAUUUCCGAAGCAUCUAAAUCAUUUACAAUAGGUGACAGCUUCUCAAGUUCAAGUUUACUCCAGUAGCAAGUAUACUUGAAGGGUUUAAUGUAGAUCACAGAGAAAAUGAUUCAAAUUUAUUCUUACAGAUUAUAUUGAUUGUCAAGGGCAAGUCACCAAAGAAAAGCAGCUUUUUUUUUCUCUUCAGAGGUGAUUAGGACAUUCAUUUGGGUUUCAUUUUUCUGAUCUGUCCUUUCAAUGGAAAGACUUUUCUUUCUCUUUCACAGUAGGGUCGCUGGAUAAUUAUGAUGAAGGUUCAAAUACAAGGCAUGAAACAUUACUGUUAAGCCAAGACUGUUAAAAUGUAUAUUUCUAGUGAACAAAAAGUUUAUAUUUUGUGAAGCAGGGGUAAGGAAUUUUAUGGAAGAAACUGGAAGUUUUAUAUCUGGUUGAUAUUUGAAAUUUGGAUGGAAACAUUUCAUGAUGGGUAAUGGGUAUGAAAUGAUUUUUGUAAGUUAAUUCUUAUUUAAGUUUUUGUAGUUGGGUUUUUUAAAUUAUGCCGGUAUUCAGGAGAACCUAUUUAAUGCAAUUUAUUUCCAAACAUGUAAUAGUCAAAUAAAAUAUACUAUGAUCUACA